AUGUUUACCAAGUUCAGUGUGCACAAGAGGGGUGGUUACUAUGGUGGUUACCAGGAUGGUUACCAUGGUGGUUACUAUGGUGGUUACUAUGGUGGUUACCAGAAUGGUUACUAUGGUGGUUACCAGGAUGGUCACUAUGGUGGUUACUACACUAGUCUGUAUGAAAGGUACCGAACCUCCCCUUCCUCUGCUGAUCAACGCAGCUGUGCCCUGUUUUCCAUCAACCGUCUGCAUCAGAGCGCCAAGGAGAGCCUGAGCCAGUGCCACUGGGCCAUCCGGCAAUGUGGCCUGUGGAAGCUGAGAGCCUUCAAGUCCUGUGAGAAUCACCUCCAGCCUCAUUAUGAUGCAGCUCCAUUAAAGAAACACAAGCUGGAUGUGACAGCAGCUGUGUCAGAGCUCAGAGAUAAACUACAGGACAUUCUGAGGGAUGAAUGGACAAACAUCUCACUGAGAGAGACUGAAGUGGACGUUUUACUGUCAGAACCAGAACCAGAGCCCAAGACCAGAGCUGAGUUCUUAAAAUAUUCAUGUGAAAUCACUCUGGAUCCAAACACAGUAAACACAUGGCUGUUAUUAUCUGAGGGGAAUAAAAAAGUAACAUAUAUGAGCCAACAACAGUCUUAUUCUAGUCACCCAGACAGAUUAAUUUAUCGUUAUCAGGUCCUGAGUAAAGAGAGUCUGACUGGACGUUGUUACUGGGAGGUGGAGCGGAGAGGAGGAGGAGUUCGUGUAGCAGUUGCGUACAAGAAUAUCAAAAGAAAAGAAUUGUCAAAUGAAUGUAUAUUUGGAUUUAAUGACAAAUCUUGGGCUUUAUAUUGUAGUACUAACAGUUAUAAUUUCUGGUUUAACAACAUUAAAACUCCCGUCUCAGGUCCGGGUUCCUCCAGAGUCGGAGUGUACCUGGAUCACAGAGCAGGUAUUCUGUCCUUCUACAGCGUCUCUGAAACCAUGACUCUCCUCCACAGAGUGCAGACCACAUUCACUCAGCCUCUCUAUGCUGGACUUUAUCUUUACAAUGUUGGAGACACAGCUGAGUUGUGUAAACUCAAAUAGACAGAAGUUAUUUCAGACUUCAUGUGUCAGAUUCUGUGUUGUAAUUCUUCAUGUUUUUGUCUCCAUGUUUCUGAGAGAUAGUUGCUGUUUCUGAACUGCACAGAGACCUUCUGUCAAGCUAAUAGUGA